UCCAAUAAAGUUUGGGUCGACAGGUUGCCCUUAAUGAAUGCACAAUAGUAGGCUACAUAUUAUAUAUUGUUUUGAUGUAAUUGUAUUCAGUUAAAAUAACAGGAAAGAGGCGUUUAUCAAAAUAGCAAGCGAGCGGGAUAUAUAUAAAUUGUAAACCGAACUCGAGAUAUUCCGAUCCAAAAAUCAAAAUUAUGGAGCGAAAUAGCACGUCUGGAAAACAUGGUUUGGAGGGGGAUGCAGACCUCCAGUUCCUCCUGCAAGGGGGGCAUCUCCAGAAGGUGCGCUCAGGCUCCUGGAAGAAGAAUCGUUUCUUCAGGCUGGAGGAAGACUGCAAAACCAUUUGGCAUGAGUCACGCAAGAUCCUGAGGACCAACCAGACCUUCUCCAUUGAGGACAUUGAGUCUGUGAGGCGGGGCCGGCAGUCGGAGGGCCUGCAGAAAUACACGGACGACCGGGUGGAGGACAGCUGUUUCUCCAUCAUCUUCAAGGGCCGUCGCAAGAACCUGGACCUGAUAGCCGGAUCGGCCGAUGUAGCGAAGCAGUGGGUCACCAGCCUGGAGAAGAUCAUCAACAACAUGGACAACCUCCACCGCCAUCAGAAGACGGAGCACUGGAUCUUCAACUGCAUGCGCAAAGCUGACAAGAAUGAUGACAACAAAAUGACCCUAAAGGAACUGAAGCACUUCCUGCGGCAGAUCAACGUUGAAGUGGAUGACAGCUAUGCAGAAGAUCUCUUUGCGAAAUGUGACAAGUCUAAGUCAGGCACGUUGGAAGGACAGGAAAUCAAGGAAUUCUACAAUUUGCUAACUCACCGGGAAGAGGUUGAUGUUAUCUACAACAAGUAUGCCAGGACAGAUGGCAAAAUGAGCUCAGAGGACCUGUUAAACUUUAUUCUCAACGAGCAGCGGGAGUACACCUCUCUGGAUGACGCAGUCACAUUAAUCCACAAGUACGAACUUGACGACUCAGCCAAGCAGAAAAAGCAGAUGACCAAGGAUGGCUUCCUGAUGUACCUGCACCAGCCUGAGGGCAUGAUCCUCAACCAUAAACACAGGCCAGUGUAUCAGGAUAUGAGCCAGCCCCUGAACCAUUACUUCAUCUCAUCCUCUCACAACACCUAUCUGAUGGAGGAUCAGCUCAAGGGGCCGAGCAGCACUGAGGCCUACAUCCGGGCACUGAUGAAGAGCUGUCGUUGUGUGGAGCUGGAUUGCUGGGACGGACCGAAUGGCGAGCCGGUCAUAUAUCACGGCUACACUCUCACUUCCAAAGUCCUCUUCAAAGAUGUGAUUAAAGCCAUCAAGGAAUAUGCCUUCAAGACUUCAGAGUACCCUGUGAUCCUCUCCUUGGAGAACCACUGCAAGCUGGAGCAGCAGAAGCUGAUGGCCCAGCACUUGACCUCCAUUCUGGGCAGUGCCUUAGUCGCUCAGCCCCUGGAGGACCAGAUGCCCACAAACUUCCCCUCCCCAGAGGAGCUGAAGGGGCGGUUUCUGAUCAAGGGCAAACGUCUGAACAAGCUGGAUGCCUUCUACACCCCGAACAGCAUGGUGGAGGACGACUGCGUGUCUGAGGAAGAUGAGGCUGCUGAAACCACAAAGGAGAAUGGAGAGAAGCCCAAAUCCAAGAAAUCCAAGAUGAAACUGGCCAAAGAGCUUUCUGACAUUGUCGUUUACUGCAAGAGUGUUCACUUCAGUGGCUUCGACCACGCAAGAGACAACCAGGCAUUUUACGAGAUGUCCUCCUUCAAAGAGAACAAGGCAAUGAAUUUGGCUGAAAAUUCAGCCACAGCAUAUAUUCACCACAACGUGGACAAGCUGAGCCGAAUCUACCCUGCAGGCUCCAGAACAGACUCCUCCAACUACCACCCUGUGCCUAUGUGGAAUGCUGGCUGUCAGAUUGUGGCCCUGAACUUCCAGACACGCUCCAAGGAGAUGCACCUGAACCAGGGCCUGUUCCUGCCCAACGGUCGGACCGGGUACAUCCUGAAACCCAAGUUCUUGCGUGACAAAGCUUCCAAGUUCAACCCCACCGCACUCGCAGAAGGAGAGUGGCUACAGCGCAAGACACUAAAUCUGAUGAUCAUCUCAGCCCAGCAGCUUCCCAAGCUCAACAAAGACAAGUGCAAGUCUAUUGUGGACCCCCUGGUGAGGUUGGAGGUGUAUGGCGUUCCAGCAGACGUGGCAACCAAAGAAACACACUCCAUUGAGAACAAUGGCUUCAACCCCAUGUGGAAUGAGGAGUUUGAGUUUGAUGUCCGUGUGCCGGAACUUGCCCUGGUGCGUUUUGUUGUGGAGGACUAUGACUCCACUUCCCAGAAUGACCUUAUUGGACAUUACACCCUGCCCUUCACCAGUAUGUUAAAUGGAUACCGACACAUUCCUCUGCUCACAAAGAGUGGCGAUAUCAUCCCCUCAGCUGGACUGUUUGUACAUGUCAUGGUUAUGGAUACCAAAUAGGAUCCAAGUUCCUGAAUCACCAAUAUCCUCCUAUGGCAAAGCAUAAAGUUUCAGCAGUCCACCAUUUUACCCAUGAAGACACCCAGCACCUACAGCACAUCACCAUAAAAAACGCUACUUUUUCCAAGUCUUCAUUCAAAAUAUAUUUUCCUUGUAAAGUGAAAUUCAGUUCAGUCAUUUUGAAAUACGAUAAUGGUGCACUGUCACAUAUUGUCAGGGCUUUGUUGGUUAAACAUCUCUGCUGAACAGAAUUGAAAUAUUUUUCAACAUAUUCUUUUAUGUUGGAAGUUUCAGGUUUUUUAAGCUGUAUUAAGAAAUAUGAGUAUGCAGAACAAUCAUGAAAAUUAGCAAUGCUAAAAAUGUGCUUUUAAAACAUGAAACAUUUUUAUAUCUACUUGGACAAAUUUCAGUUUCCAUGUAUUUACUUACUGCACUACUGGUUGAAGCAAUAGCCUCAUCACAGGAAAUGUAUUAGAAAAAUCCAUCAGUAUUUCAGAAAUGUAUUGUUGAAAUGUAUAUGGGUGCAGUCAUUUUAAACAAUUGAAACUGAAAAUGUGAUAAAUGUUUGGCAUGACUGUAUGCAGUGACUUGCAUACAAGACUACAGUGUGCAGAUUUGCUAGCAGAUUUGCUGGUUUAUAACUAGCUUAUACACUCUCAAAUUGUAUACCAGCAUUGUCCCCUUUUGAACAUCAGGUGAGGUUCUGUUAGACAUCAUUCAGAAAUAGAUCUCGACAAACCUUUUGUAGUUGAAUGUUUUUUUCCUUUGGGAAUUACAAAAUACUGUUUAUACUGUUUACUAUUAUUUUCUGCCUCACAGUGUUUAAGGAUUUAUGUAUGUAUGUUACUUCCGUUAUCCAACUCUAAACACCUUGCUCGUUUGUGUUGAUCUGUAUUUUCAAAUUUGUCCUUGCUGGAGAAACCAUGUAUCAAUUAUUUUACUUAACUAAGCUAUUCAUUAUUGAAGAGAAGAUUGUGUCACCUGUGUCUACAAUAAGACACAAAUUGAGACAUAUCUUACAUUGUUAUAUUACAUGUUGGGGUAAAACAGUUAACUGGCAAAACAGUAUAAUUCUGCUCUUAUAUAAUGUGGUUCAUAUCAGGACAUCGAGACAAUGAGUUCAUGUAAAAAAUUGCUGUUUAUAGGGCACUAAAUAUAUGUGUGAAGCUUUACAAAAAAUACUUUUUAAAAGUAUAUUAAAAAACCUUAAAUUUAAAAGGUUGUAUCUGCAUGGAGCCCAUUCACUUUGGUAUCUCAGUAUCUCAAAACCAUUCAGACCGCAGAUACUGUAGAACCUUGUCAGGGUUUAGCAUACAUUAAAGCUUACAGGUAUUUCUGGUUAUAAUGGGUUAUGUCCUUUUAAAGGACUGGUUUGGAUUGGCUGGUGUAAACGGUGGAAGAAUGUAUGUAAAGCAAAUUUGUUCGGAAAGUUUUUGUUUUAGCCAGAAGUCUGCUCAUUUCUGUACCAAAGCAUCGACUGCUGGCAUGAUUAUGUUGAAAUGAGAUUUGAGAGGAGUGUGCAUUGCACCAAUCAGUAUAAUUUGCACAGUACAUCGGUCUCUGCAGAAUUUAAUCAACUCAGCAUUUAACAAUCAAGACGAUUACCGCAAGGUCUUCAUUUCCUGCAGCAGAUAGCAUUUACCUUAUUUUGUUGUACAGUAAAUCUGAAUACUUUGUUAGUUUUCUAUACUUUUCUACUUAUGCUUUUUCUAUAUCUGUAUGUGGUAGCAUAAUGCUCUGUCCACAGCCAAAGUCAAAACAUUUAUAAAAGAUUUUUUUUUUAAAUGACAAAUUAUCAUUUCUACAUUUUGGUGAGCUGCUUAGUUUCUCUUUUAUUUUACUUUGUUUGUGAAAACAAUAGAAAAUAAAUGAAAAGGUUAACCAGUGA